GGCGCCGCCGCCCCCCGCCCGCUCGCCCGCCCCGGCCGCGUCGGAGGGCCGGCAGCGGGGCUGGAUGUGCCCGGCUCCCCCCGCGCUGAGGUGGGCAGCGAUGCAGAAGGCAGGCGGCAGCUUCGCCUCCGCCGAGAGACACCCGCUCAAGAUGGCAGAUGUGUGUUGAGUUUGGGGGGCUGCGAUCUCGCGUCGUUCGUGGUGGCGUUGCCAUGAAUAACAGGCGUCCUUGCACCGAUGGCCCCCAUGUACGAAGGUAUGGCCUCGCAUGUGCAAGUUUUCUCUCCUCACACCCUUCAGUCAAGUGCCUUCUGUAGCGUGAAGAAACUGAAAGUGGAGCCGAGUUCAAACUGGGAUAUGACUGGGUACGGCACACACAGCAAAGUCUACAGCCAGAGCAAGAACGUGCAGUCCUCCCAAGCAGCCGCCGCAGCAGCCGUCAACGCCUCCCUCCAGAUCCCCAAUCCAAGCAUCCCUUACGAACAGACCAUCAUCUUCCCAGCAAGCACCGGGCACAUCGUGGUGACAUCUGCCAACAGUACUUCUGGUGUGGUUGCAGUGUCUGGGCAAACACUGGGUGGGCCACACAACCUGAUGCGUCGCAGCACUGUGAGCCUUCUGGACACCUACCAAAAAUGUGGACUUAAACGCAAAAGUGAGGAGAUCGAGAACACAAGCAGCGUGCAGAUCAUCGAAGAGCAUCCACCAAUGAUUCAAAACAAUGCUAGUGGGGCCACUGUAGCCACCGCUACCACCUCCACGGCCACCUCCAAAAACAGUGGCUCCAACAGCGAAGGGGAUUACCAACUGGUACAACAUGAGGUGCUCUGUUCCAUGACCAACACGUACGAAGUGUUAGAGUUUCUUGGUCGUGGAACCUUCGGACAAGUAGUCAAAUGCUGGAAACGUGGCACUAACGAGAUUGUGGCCAUCAAAAUCCUGAAAAACCAUCCUUCCUAUGCCCGGCAAGGCCAGAUUGAAGUGAGCAUCCUGGCUCGGCUGAGCACAGAAAGUGCAGAUGACUACAACUUUGUCCGUGCGUACGAGUGCUUUCAGCACAAGAAUCACACAUGCUUGGUCUUCGAAAUGUUGGAGCAGAACCUCUAUGAUUUCCUAAAACAAAACAAAUUCAGUCCUUUGCCUCUUAAGUACAUUCGACCAAUUCUGCAGCAGGUAGCAACUGCCCUAAUGAAGCUGAAAAGCCUGGGACUGAUUCAUGCUGAUCUCAAACCGGAGAACAUCAUGUUGGUAGACCCAGCCCGACAGCCAUAUAGGGUCAAGGUCAUAGACUUUGGUUCAGCUAGCCAUGUGUCAAAAGCUGUGUGUUCUACCUACCUUCAAUCCCGAUAUUACAGAGCCCCCGAAAUCAUCCUCGGUUUACCAUUUUGUGAAGCAAUCGAUAUGUGGUCAUUGGGAUGUGUCAUUGCAGAGCUGUUCUUGGGCUGGCCAUUGUACCCGGGAGCUUCGGAGUACGAUCAGAUUCGCUAUAUUUCACAGACACAGGGCUUACCGGCAGAGUAUUUAUUAAGUGCAGGGACAAAGACUACGAGGUUUUUCAACAGGGAUACAGACUCACCAUAUCCUUUGUGGAGACUGAAGACACCAGAUGAUCAUGAGGCAGAGACAGGAAUUAAGUCGAAGGAAGCAAGAAAGUAUAUUUUCAACUGUUUGGAUGAUAUGGCACAGGUGAACAUGACAACAGAUUUGGAAGGAAGUGAUAUGUUGGUGGAAAAGGCAGACCGGCGGGAGUUCAUAGAUCUGUUAAAGAAGAUGUUGACGAUAGAUGCAGAUAAGAGAAUAACACCCAUUGAAACUCUGAACCACCCCUUUGUCACCAUGACGCACUUGCUCGAUUUCCCGCACAGCACACAUGUCAAGUCCUGCUUCCAGAACAUGGAGAUUUGCAAGCGGCGGGUGAAUAUGUAUGACACAGUGAACCAGAGCAAGACACCAUUCAUCACCCAUGUAGCCCCAAGUACAUCGACCAACUUGACCAUGACUUUUAACAACCAGCUGAACACAGUCCACAACCAGACCACCAACCUGGCUCCCACCUCCUCCAGUGCCACUAUUUCCUUAGCCAACCCUGAGGUCUCCAUACUAAAUUACCAAUCUGCACUCUACCAGCCCUCAGCGGCAUCCAUGGCUGCGGUGGCCCAGCGGAGCAUGCCCCUGCAGACAGGAACAGCGCAGAUCUGUGCCCGCCCUGACCCCUUACAGCAAGCUCUCAUCGUCUGCCCACCAGGCUUCCAAGGGUUACAAGCCUCCCCUUCGAAGCAUGCUGGGUAUUCCGUUCGGAUGGAAAAUGCCGUUCCCAUUGUCACUCAGGCUCCUGGGGCCCAGCCUCUUCAGAUCCAGCCAGGACUCCUCGCACAGCAAGCAUGGCCCAGUGGCACUCAGCAGAUCCUGCUCCCUCCGGCCUGGCAGCAGCUGACUGGGGUGGCCACCCACACUUCUGUCCAGCAUGCCACCGUCAUCCCAGAGUCCAUGGCAGGCACCCAACCACUGACAGACUGGAGGAACAGCCACACUCAUGGCAGCCACUACAACCCCAUCAUGCAGCAGCCUGCACUGUUAGCCAGCCACGUCACCCUCCCUGCAGCACAGCCCGUCAACGUGGGUGUUGCACAUGUCAUGCGCCAGCCGCCCGCUGCCACCACCUCUGCCAGGAAGAGCAAGCAGCACCAGUCGGCACCCCGAAAUGCGUCCACCUAUGAAGUUUCAUCCUCUCAGUCCAUCAGCUCACCUCAGCGUUCGAAACGAGUGAAGGAGAACACGCCUCCCCGCUGUGCCAUGGUGCACAACAGCCCUGCCUGCAGCACCUCUGUCACGUGCGGCUGGAGCGAUGUGGCCACCAGCACCACUCGGGAGCGGCAGCGACAGACGAUAAUCAUUCCUGACACCCCUAGCCCCGCCGUGAGUGUCAUCACUAUCAGCAGCGACACAGAUGAAGAGGAGGAGCAGAAGCAUGCACCCACCAGCACCUUGUCCAAGCAAAGGAAGAAUGUCAUCAGCUGUGUUACCGUGGAUGACUCCCCCUACUCCGAUUCCUCCAGCAACAACAGCCCUUACGCCGUGCAGCAUCGCACAGGGCAGAAUAACGGGAACACCUAUGACACCAAAGGGGUUCCAGAGACUCACUGCAGUGGGAACCCCCGAACCAUCAUCGUGCCACCCCUGAAAACCCAGGCCAGUGAAGUGUUGGUAGAGUGCGAUAGCCUGGCACCAGUCACCACCAGUCACCACUCAUCCUCCUACAAGUCCAAGUCCUCCAGCACCGUGACCUCCACCAGCGGUCACUCUUCAGGGAGCUCGUCUGGAGCCGUUGCCUAUAGGCAGCAGCGACCAGGAGCACAUUUCCAGCAGCAGCAGCCUCUUAAUCUAAGUCAGGCCCAGCAGCACAUCACGACCGAUCGCACAGGGAGUCACCGGAGACAGCAAGCCUACAUCACUCCAACAAUAGCUCAGGCCCCGUAUUCUUUCCCGCACAACAGUCCCAGCCACGGUACAGUCCAUCCUCACCUGGCCGCGGCUGCCGCUGCUCACCUGCCCACCCAGCCCCACCUCUACACAUACACGGCCCCCGCCGCCCUGGGCUCCACGGGCACCGUCGCGCACUUGGUGGCCUCACAAGGGUCUGCGCGGCACGCCGUGCAGCACACCACCUACCCCGCCAGCAUCGUCCACCAGGUCCCAGUCAGCAUGGGCCCGCGGGUGCUGCCCUCACCCACCAUCCACCCGAGCCAGUACCAGGCUCAGUUUGCCCAUCAGACCUAUAUCAGUGCUUCUCCAGCCUCCACAGUCUACACUGGAUACCCACUGAGCCCCACCAAGGUCAACCAGUACCCUUACAUCUAAACACUGGAAUAAGGAGUGAGAGACGCACCCAUCCCUGGGGAAGUGAGGCGGCUGCUUUUGUACUGAAGAACAGGACAAACUUAACAAUACAAUGGGAGGCUCGCGUGAAACUUGAAUGAAGGAGACUUUAAGGAAGAAGUGAAAAAGAGGAAAGAAAGGGGAGAACCAAUUCUACACUUUUUAUUUAAAAAAAAAAAAAAAAGAAAAUGGAAAAAAAAAAGAACAGAAAAAAAAUAUAAAACAAACCACAAAAACCAACCAUUCUGCACCAAACUAGAGAGAGAAAGAGAGAAGCAGAAGGACCCUCCCGCGGGUCCUGUCUUUUGGAGAACUUCACCAACAGACUUUUAAAGGUUAUUUUCAUCCAAUAGUGAGCUACAUUUAGAAAUUUGUUGUCCAGACCACCUACAAUGAAAUCCAUUAGGUUUUUAAUCCAGUAGGUAUAUGGAUUGGGGAUUUAUCCAGCAUUUCAGAGAGUUUAUACCCCAUCUUUGCAGUGCUCUUUGUAUCUCAAAGCAUACAUAAAUUUGGGGUUUUUUUCCUUGAAAACAGAAAGUGGGUUAGGGAGGCUGAGGGAGGAGAAAGAAGGGUUGUCCCAGUGCCGUAAAUUUGGAUCUAGCGCUGCAACUUUUAAACAGACCGGGGCAAAAGAGGCCGUGCAGCACUGGUUGAGAGCAGAAGCAAUGGGGAUGUUUCUCCCUUUCCUUGAACACACUGGAUAAAUCCCUGAGAAAUGCUGUUCUUAAAAGAGAUCUCUAAUAAUGUAUGUUGGAUUUCAGUUGUGUUUCAUUUUGUUUUAUUUGGAAUUCUUCCUUUUCAGUCCCUAGCCGUUUUAGUAUAGGAGGAGACAUUUUAGCUAUUCCCCCUGCCCCGGUAGAAUGUAGCACUAUACAGGUCAUAAGUCCUUUUUACUCUUUUUGUGUUGAACUUCAAUGAUACCAAUAGACUAUUCCUCAAUGUGAUUGCACAAAGAAAAGUGAUAUAACAUAGGCAUGUAACAAAUGUGAUUGUCCAGGUAUGUACGUGUGUGUGUGUGCGUGUGCGUGCAGAUGCUGCCUUCUCUCUGUGGUGUGUUCCUCGGCACAGCCAUUACAACUGUCACAGUCUUAGUUUUACAUCAUUCCCUCGUAGUGCCUUACCGAACUACAGACGCGGUUUAAGGGUUUACUUCCACUGGUACUCCUAGGAACUGACUGAGGCUAGUCGGAAUUUACUCUCAGCUCUUCUUUGCUUUUCUUAUUUUGGGUUGUUAUUGCUGAUUUUCUUCUUCUUCUGGUAGUGGUGGUGGUGGUGGUGGGUUUUCUUCUCCCACGUCAUCAAUCUUGGCUCAUUUGCUGAGGUGCUGGGGAGGCUCAUUGGGGUUAGAAGUGCAUACAGCUGGGUGUUUGGUUGAGCACUGGAUCGGCUGGAAGUGACUGAGUCGGUUGUGAGACCGAGGGUGACUCCCAGAGGGUCUGGGGAUUCGUUUUUGGACUGGUCUGGUUUUGUCCUGUGGAAAUAGCAGGUUUUCUCCCCAGAAACUGAAUUCACCUUCUGCUGUUUGCCAACAUUCUCAGUGGAGUUGUUGGGUUGUCCCAGUGGUGUGUCUGAAAUGGGAACAAAACUUCAGCCCAUGAAAGGGGGAAAAACAAGUUAUUGCCAGCAUCUCUCACUACGUCUGUCGAUGGGAGGGGGUCAGGAAAGGACUGGAGCCCCAAAAGUAAACAUGAGAAAAUCCAGCUGAGAGUGUCAAACUCAGGUUUCUUAAGUAAAAAGAAUAUUGUAAUACAUCGGGCCUUACCCACUGUAACGUAGCUGUGGCACUGCACACUUCCCGUCCUGCCUUCUCACAUACUGCCCAACACAUUGUCUGUGGCAGCAGAGUGACCCUGGAACCAGAGACCACAGUAGUCCUAUGGGUCCUCCAUGCCUAGAACACUGUAUGGUCAUCUUGUUUUCCAACCAUGUCUAAAGAGAGCCUUUCCCACAGUUGGGUUCAGUGCAGAGGGUAGUUUUGUUGGUGCAUCAGUACUUGGAAGUGUCUCUGGAGUACCCAUGCCUGUGGAUGGCCUGGGGAGGAAGGAGAGAAGAGAGUCUGAUAGAAGGUUUCCGUGAAGGCUGAAGUCUAUGUGGCUGCUCGGUUCCACUCUACAUUUCCCUUUAACUAGAGCAUGGAGUAUUCAGGUGUUUCAGAAGAUGCCGGAAACCAGCAAGUUCCUCAGCCCAGUGGCGAGGGCUGGGUUCCCUGGGUGGCGGUGGGGAAGGGGGCUUUCUCAGGUGGGAAAAGCUGGCAGAAAGGCAAGUGUAUUGUCUUGUGGUAAGUGCUUGGCUGGUCUGGAAGAAGAAGGGAUCGUGCUAUGUACAGGCUGUUCAACAAGGCUACUGUCUUCUGGCAAACCACCAAAUACCCUCCCUGGUUGCCAGCUCUGGUUCCUGGGCUACCCUUGCACUGUUUUCUUCUCCUGCCUCUCCUUCUCUCUAGAUCAGUAUAGUGUAGAUGAGGAUGCAAUCUCUCAGCAGCCUUUGCACCUUAACCCCCUCUUCCUAUGGAAAGAUAACACAUCCCCUUUCAUCUGAGGCAGGACAAUAAAGCCCUGCUCUCUCUGUUGCAUUCCUCUUCUCUUCCACCAGUUCGGGAGCGAGAGCGUCAUGCUGCUUGUGUCAUGAAAAGGAAAGAUGUGAUUUUAUUGUAUGGUUAUUAUGAUUAUUAUUUUAUUAUUAUUAUAUUUUGGGUUUUAAUUGCACACACAUUCCUUAGUCUUUGUGGUUUAGGUUUUUUCUCUUUUAGUACUGUUGUUACUGUUAUUAAUUUUAUUUCUCUUCAUCAGCGGCAUCGGAAGGGUUGCUGCGUUGUGAAAACUGCAGGAGGAAGGGGAAACAACACUGUCCCAGGGAUGAGAACUCUGCCACUUAACUUAGGGGAAGUAGGGUGGUUACAGCCUUGAGGGACAGGAGUUAUCCUUCAGGUCACAUCUGUAUUUUGAGAAUAAGUCCAGAAACAUGCAUUCAUUAGGCCAGAACCAAACAGCAGCUAAUGUAAUGAUCUGUCCGGAGAGCUGGAUCAAAGGCACGUAACAACCUUGGUUCCCUAGGAUCUAGCCCCCUAUCACUUUGUCAGUGGGAUAUUUGUACAAGAUCAAGACCAAUUUGUGCUCUAGGCCAUGAUCACUGGGCCUUUUCAAUAAAUCCAAGGCUAUGCUACACACAUAAGGGUUUGGUUUUCCCAAAGAAGAAAGCAGAUAAAUGGCUCUCCAGAAACAGGGCUAUCAGAGGAGCCAUGACAGAAGUGGUUCCCAGUCCCAUCACUGGAUAAAGGACACUGGUGCCCAUGGAUGGCAUUACCUGGGUAAAGCAUGGCCACAGACAAGGCAGGGUUCCUCACCUGCUCUUCCACUCUCACUGCAGCUGUUCACAGGGCCAGGAUGCUUAAUUUGCUUUUAGGGGGUUGUUGAGGUCUUUUCUGAUGUAGAUUUUCCUUUCUUUUAUAAUUAUUUGUAGUGGAGUUUAUGAAGAUAUUCUGGUUUCUAGAGCUUAGAUGUUCAUGUUUUCAUUUGCAUCGCCUGCUCUGUUAGAAUGGGGGGAAGCAGUGACUCAGUUUAAAUUCCAUUAAAAAAUAGGGUAGAACUUCAGCAGAGACUUAAAGUUAAUCAUGCACUUGAGUGCUUUGCGAAAGAACAGACUUAAACCCUUCAAGUUAAUUACUUGUUUAUGCGCUCCUCUGGCCUAGGACCAGUGAAGCAUGGAAGGUUGCAAUCUCAAUCACAGUAAUGUUUUACUUGUAUUAAUUGCAUUUUCCCGCCAUACCCAUCUGACCUGCUGUCCCAUGAGUGCUCAAAUCUGAUUUUUGGGGUGCGUUUGGCAGUGAAGCUGUUACAACAGUGCAGGCUGGCAGUGAGAAGGCGCAUGGUGUGUAUUGGAGGGGCCCUCUUUCCCACUGGGAGGAGCUCAGUUUCUCAUCCUGGAGUUGCUGAUCUUUCAGCUGUAGGUGGUCAGAUGAUGAUGAUGGGCCACAGCGAUUGCAGGGGAUGCACAGCACAGCCACUGAAUCACUUUGGUGGUGUGACACCACGCGAGAGCUGUGUUUUCUGGUGGGUACGGGGAGCUGAGCAGCACCUCCUCCCUCACACCUGCCUGAAGGCAUAGUAUGGAAAAGGUGGUGUGAUUAGUCACAGGGGAAACAUGGUGAGGUCAGCAGAGGAAUCAAAAGCUUUGCUUGCUGGUGCCACCUACGUAAUAACAACCAGAUUGUGCUCAAAAUGAGAUUGGCGGGUUGGGUUGGUGUUCUUUGUGUGCAUGGGGUAACCAGCAUGGGAACUUGAGAGGGGAGGUAAACAUUUAGAUACUGGAAGUUCUGUGGGCAGCUUAGGGUUGGCACAGUGAAAAGGCUAUCCCUUUCCUCAUUAUCUCAUCUUGCGUUCUUCUGCUGGAAGCAGAAUGAAGCACGGAUGUUGCCUCUCCUUGGAGGUGUAUGUUCAAAGUCCUGCUGUGAAACCAGAUUGGAGGAGGGAGGGGAGAGAGCCACUAACAUGAGCAGAACGGAAAACCUGAAGGGCACUUUCUUACUACAGAUUGGGCCAAAUCCAAUCGUUUGAGAGAGCAAAUGCAAUUGCAUCUUCUUCAGGAGAGCUGUACCUGCUUGCACCCAGCAAAUUGGGCCUUGGCAGAUCUCUUUCUCUCUCUCUCUCUCACUUUCUCCAGUAGUUUUGUCGUAAUACGCAAAACAUUCCAAGAAAGGGACACUUCUGUUUGUGACAUUUUUCCAUGUUUAUACUCUGAAGGGAUGAUGUCUUGUAGUUUGGGUUGAAGGCAAUUCCAUUAGCAAACUUAACGGGCAAUAAACCUGUUUUUUUUCUUUAACCAAAGAUACUGAGAGAGAGAAAAAGAGACCCACAAACACUUCAGAAAUGAAAUGAAAAUCAUGACCACCAGGCAAUGGGGAUACACUGUGGAACUCCAUCUUUCCUUUCUCUUCUUUUUCUUAAUAAUUUUGAGUAGCUAGCUUGACAAGCAGAGAAAUUCACACUAAAUAUUGCUGCUAUCCUAAAUGUUAGGGGGAUGUCGAAAACUUUAUUCUUCUCUCAUUAUUGUUCACAUUGAUUAAAGUGUUUCAGUGGCAACAAUGCGGUGUGGAAAUGGUGAGCUGCAUAGUGAGGAUAAGCCUCUGGAUGCUUUGCGUACUUCUGUAGUGUUUCCUUUCCUGGAUUUAAGAUGCUGGUUUUGUUCUGUGGGUUGGACCCAAACAGUGCUGCCAUGGCUGGGCCAGGCACAGCUGGGCAAGGAUGUUGGACUUGGGUGUGUGUUCUUCCAUGGCUUGGCAAUCAGCCCAUCAGAGAUCUCCAGUGCUAUUUGUGGAACAAGUCCUUGAUACCUGUACACAAAGUCUGUAGGAAUAGUCUUUGUUGAGGGUAGGCAAUGUGGAAGGGAAAUAUGUGGAAAGGAAAUUACUUCCCCCUUCCUGCUGACAGUUGUCCCUGCUGUGGGAGCUUCAAAGCAGUUGAUCUGUGGUCCAGGGCACUCAUCCAUGUCACCCCCCAUCCCUAUGUCUUGCCAGUGCUCCUGUGAGGAGGAGUCCCACAGCUUACUUUUUGUGGCCCACUUCUGUGCCUACAAAUCACUCUGCUCCCUCCAUACAUGGGAAGGAAAAGAUGGAUCUGCACUGCUGGGGUUUCCCCACUGCUGUACUCCAACAAAGCUGCCUCUCACGACAGUGACAGUUUCACCCUGGGCUGCUGACGUUGAGCAAGGUACACUGUUGCAUAGCGGUGCUUGAAGCCAUGAUGGCAGCAGAUGGCUGUGUGCAGGCUCCUUGCUGGAAUAAUGCAUUGGACAGAAGGUGCUGGCCAGUCCAGGCUGGUCCCCAUCCCCAUUGUCCCUCCUUCCCUCCACCUGGGAGCACUACCUACAAGAGACACUGUGAUGCCACUGCACUCAUCACCCACCGCAGGCACGCAGUGAGACCCACCACAGGGGCAGCCCCUCAAAGGAAGCACUGGCAGCAUGCAAAGGAGCUCUGCUAACCCAGGGCUCAGUGCUGAAGGUGUCUUUUUCCCCCUGUGACAAAUGGCAUUGCUGGGAGUGACCCAGAAGUAGUAGUUACCUGUGGGGAGCUGCUGGUGCAGGUGUGAGAAGCGGACUGGAGGUGACCCGUGCUGUGCUCUGUGCAUGUCAAAUGUGUUCAGUUGGAGGACAUGGUUUAGAGCAUUUGUGUGUGUCAAGAGUGAAAUUUGAAUGGCAGAUUGGCUUGGUUCGUCAGAAGUCUUAGGAAGAGUACUAGGAGGAUUUGUGUUCAGCAUUUAUGGUUUGGAACUCCUGUUUCUCAUUUACGGGUUAGCUUUGUCCUUCCAGUUUUAGCAGUGCUGCUAUAACAGACUAUUCAUGUGUGUUUGAAGAUAAAGUUUUUGUUUUUAAUCUUUUGCUUAUCAUAGUUAAGCUAAGAAAGGCAAUACUAAAGGUAUAUUUUUUUCCAAAAAUGAUAUUUUUUACUGCACUGAUAAAUAUUGUGACAUCUCUGUUCUUAACUCUUUCGCUGUGAGGGGAACUGUGUGCAGAUUCACACAAACCUUGUAAAUACUUGCGUGUACUUCUGACAGCCAGGGAUUAUUUUUUUUCCCCUUCCUUUCUUUCCUUUCCCUCUUGUCCUUUCUUUCCUUUCUUUCCUUUCUUUCCUUUCUUAACUUUCUUUCUUUCUCUUCUUCCUCUUUUUCCUCUUCUUCUUUCUCUUUUUUUCAAACAAGGUUUCCUCUUUGAAACAGAAAGCAAUGGAGCAACAAUGCUCAGAGCAAAAGCAAAGCUUAUCCCACUUUCAGAACAUAACCAAGGAGUUUUUGCAGUGCUGGCAUAGAGUUAAUAUUUAAUGCUGAUGCAUUUUGAUUUUAUUACUGUUUUUUCCAGCAAACUGUUUGGAAAGGAAUAAAACAGAUAGGAAAGCUUCAGUAUGGGAUUCUGAUCAGAAACGAUACCCAUCUAUUUUAUGGCACCUCUGGUUUUCCUUUUGUUUCCUUUUCCUUUAAAAAGAAAUUAAAACUGGCUUGUUGCAGGCUUGCUGGCCUGAGCUCUAGGCUGGUUGGCGGCUGUCCCAGGGUUGCCUGGUGCUCCGGGACCACCGACUCCUUUGGAAGCAAACCCACUGAUCAGGGUUCUGGAUUCUGAUUGCUCCAAAAGGUACCCCCCAGCACUGCGGGAUACCUUCGUUUUUUUAAAGAGAAGGAUUUAAAUACACUUAUAUUACGCAAACUGUGACCUAAUGGCAAUAAUUACCUCAAAUGUGGGCAUUCAUCCUGGUUUUAGCCUUUUUGAAAACAUGUAGCCAGCUUGAACUUUGAUUCAAAGACUCUGAACUCCAUAGGGGCGGAAUAGCGAUAAAUGCCCACCCUGGUCAUUGUUGCUUGAGUGAAUUCUGAAGACAGUGAAUCUUUAAAAAGAAAAUAAAAAAAAAAGAAAUUAAACCAAGGAAUAGAUUACUCUUUUAUGUAUUUUAAUCAAUUGUGAUGUUAAAAUGCACAUGUAAGUAUAUAUGUUUAUAGCUACUGUAAAAUGCUUUGGCCUUCUAGAAGAUAUUUAAUGAGUCACAUUUUAAACCAAUAUGAACUGAAUAAUAGACUGUGGCUACUUAAACAGUUUUCUGGCUACAUUUUAUAGUUAUUACAGUGUUUUAUAGUUUACAUUUAAACUGGUACUUUUUAAGGGAAAUCUUGUGUUUAUAAGUGACACCGUCAAAAACUCAAUACAGCUGCCUCUUUUUAAUUUUGCCCGUUAAAAAUGGAAAAGUCCAAGUGUGUCUUUAAUAUGUAUAUUCUGUUUCGAGAUAUAACAUAGUGUUGGAAAGUCAGUCCAGAGAUCAAGUAUAAUCCACUGUAUUUCCAAAGUCUGGUCGAAAAAACACUCCACCACUUUGAAGAUUUAGUCCAACAGAUAAGCUACUUGUUUGUUCGCUUGUUUUAAUAAUGUGGUUUAUCAGGCUCCUUGGAUUGAAGCAGGGAGCAUGAUGCUAAAGUCACUGUUCUAUGUAGGAUCCUCAUCUGGAUGAAGAUACCCGCAUCAGGAGAAUGAAGGAUAUUCAAAGGAAGGAUUAUGUUGUACUGUUGAUAAAUCAUUAGCCAAACUAUUAAUUCCUGAGUUAGUGAAUGCCUGUUUUUAUUUGGGGGGGUCAGGGUGUUGUGUGUGCGUGUCUGUGUGCAUGUGUGUGACAGCCACUCGGAGGCAAUAAUGCUGUAAUUCGGCUUUCAUGUGUUCACCCCUUCCUUACAAGCAAUGCUUACCACCACAGACAUGUUUUGAACCAGUAAACGAAACACAAAGCUCACUGACCAUCUCCUUGUCAACUCUGUUUUCUCAGCCCAUGCCAGUUCCCGUCAGUGCUGUUACCCUGUACUUUGCAUUUUGAUAUAUCACAUUCCUUCCUCCCCAGUCUCACUUAGCUGUCUAGUUUUGUCUGUUGUGUUCUUUCAUUUGGGUAACCAGUGAACAUGGUCUAAAUGUCUGCUAGGCAAAAUGGUACUCUGAGGCCAUGGAAGUACAGGAAUUGGCAUUUAAAAUAUGUAUAUGAAUACCUCUGAAGAACCGAGCUUCAGUUGUGGAGCUCACGUACUCCUGGGAGGGCUCCUUUCGUGUUUCCAUCACGCCUGACAGGGCUGCAUCAGCCAGUCUAGAGCAGAGGUAGUGAAAAGGGAUGAUGGGUGAUGCUUCGCAGUUGGGCGCCUGUGCUGCUCCCAGUACAAUCAGCAGCGGUGGGGCUGGGGGAGUGCAUCCUGCCUCCUCCUCCUCUCAGCACCAUUCCGGAGCUGCCAUGCCCAUCCCAUUACCAAAGCGAUAACGUAUCACACGGCAAGCCAGGACUGUCAGCAGGGAUUGGGUCAGAUGGAAAACGUCCACCCUUCAUCACCAUGCACUGCCACCGAACCCACAGGCUUCACUGCCCCCAGUGCCUGCCUGGCCUUCUGUUCUCAUGGGGGGAGUCAGGCCCGCAGAUACCAGCACACUCACCUGAAGGAGCCACAGAGCCUUGUUGAAUACCUUGGCUUGGAGUUUGUUAGGCAAGAAGGGGUUUCUGGCACUGGCAGCACGCAUCCUGCAGGGUCUGGAUGGUUACAUACAGCACCUCUGCCCUCAGCAAGGAAAUAAAGAGCUUCUGCAAUGCUUCCACCUCACGUGGUUACGUACAACACUUCUGGCUUUUCUCCCCCGCAACCCUUAUGUGUUUGAUUCUUUAUUUUCUUUUAUUUGUUGUUUUGUUUUUUUUUGCUCUGUAUUCUUCUCAAGGCAAAACUUCCACAGAUUUUCCAGGGCACAACCAUUUCAGGUGUAAAAAAAGGAUCUCCUCAUCCCAUGUUUCACCAACAGAGCAAUCGAGGCAUUUUGGGUACCAGAUUCUACUUGGGCAGAACCAGAAUGUAGCCUGUAUCUUUCAUACCAAAUCAAAUUUCUGAAAGGAGAGGAAGUGUCGUUAAUAGCUUUAUUAAAGGAGUGUGUGUGAGAGAGAGAGGGAGUAAGAGAGGAAGCAAGAAAGAGAGAAGAAAGAGGGGCAUCUCGGAAGGUGGAGAGUCUAGACUUUGGGUAGAUCAAACGAACCAACGGGUGAAACAGUUGUGAGCUGUAAAACCCUUGUAAAGCCAGGAGAGGGGAAACGGAGGCAAUGAUUGAUGCCUUUCGACUGCCCACGAGCCCAGCGUACUCUGGAUGGAAAGUGGAAGUUAAUCUACACUGCACCAAAACUACUAAGGGGAAGUUGGGGGAGGGCUGUGAAAAGCUGCCACAAUCACAAGGGAGAAGAUGCCCCUGCCCCAGCUCUGGACCUCAAGCGGUUCUUUCUCUACAGCAUCAUCUCAGCCCAGUAACCCCACGAAAGCCCUGAGCCGUUGUGUUCCUUCACUGUACGGUUUCUGUAAUAAGAGUGUUAAUCCAUGUUAAUCUUUGUGGAACUUAUUGUGUGCAACAGUAUUUUCUUGUGUACGGCUUCUUUCCUGCGUGAAUUGUCCCUUUCUCUUUUGGGUUUGUUUUGGGGUUGUUUUUUUUUCCUUCCUUUUUUUUCCUGUAUUUUUUCUUUUUCUUUUCGGUAAUACGUCUUUCUUCUUUUAAGAGAAGAAAACAAAAACAAACUGAUGUGUUGUAGACCUAUAUGUAACCUAUUCCUUAGUCUCAUAUUAUAGGUAUGUUAUAAGAAUGGAUAUUUUACUUGGCUUUAGAAUGUUUUACAAGAAAACUAAUUCUUAACCAAUCAAGUUCUUGCUACUAAAAAAAAGAAAAGAAAUGCUUGUGUUUUUCAUCAUGACGUUGUGUGCUUCUAAUUAAUAAUCAUUUUCGUUGUAGAAAAAUGGAGUGAAUUUAUAUUAGUCUUGGAAACUAAUAAUAGCAUUGUAAAUUUAUGAGAUGAUUUUAACAGAAAAUACAUUAUAGAAGAAUAUAGUUAUUUUAAUUGUAAUAUUACUAACUGUAGGGUGAGAAAGGAGGUCCCGUUGUGGUGAACUAUGUUAUAGCUUGUUAUUCACGGUUUCUUUUUGAUCAUUUUUUCGGUCUCUGAGGUGAAACGAGUUAUUAAUCAGAAUUUGUCAACUCACAUAUGCAUAUUGUAUAUGUGUAGAAAUGUAAUCACACUUUGUCUUGGAAUUACAUUAAACUGUUUUAAGUCACUGCAAA